ACAUGGCGGCGGCCGUAAGAUGCUUCGGUAGAGUCUUGAUACAUCAUCAAAGGCAUGGUCUUUCCAAGGUGACUUCUCAGACGUCUCUUUAUCCUUGUUCCAUAUACAUUCCGGUGCCUAAAAGAUAUUUUGCAACCGCUGCGAAGCCUGCAAAGAAAACAAAAAAAGGUACUAAAGAAAAAGCAUCAAAUGAGAAGAAAGAUGAUAUAGAAAAAAUAAAGUCAUAUCCUUUUAUGGAAGGGGAACCUGAAGACGAUGUCUACCUAAAAUGCUUAUACCCAAGGCAGAUAUAUGAGGUGGAGAAAGCUGUUCACUUACUUAAGAAAUUUCAAGUUUUGGACUUUACAAAUCCAAAGCAAGGUGUUUAUCUUGAUUUGACACUGGAUAUGACACUGGGGAAGAAGAAAAAAGUGGAGCCAUUUACCAGUGUUCUUAGUUUGCCAUACCCAUUCAUUUCAGAAAUGAGUAAAGUUGCCGUAUUUACAGAGAAUGCAUCAGAAAUUAAAAUAGCAGAAGAAAAUGGAGCUGCAUUUGCAGGAGGAAGUAAUCUCAUUCAGCAGAUUUUGGAUGAUGAAAUUCAAGCAGAUUUUUAUGUAGCUGUUCCAGAAAUAAUGCCCGAGCUUAAUCCAUUAAGGAAGAAACUGAAAACAAGAUUUCCUAAGUUUAAUCGAAAUUCUGUUGGCCGGGACAUCCCCAAAAUGCUUGAAUUAUUUAAAACUGGACUUGAAAUUAAGGUAGAUGAAGAAAGGGAGAACUUUCUGCAGACCAAAAUAGCAACACUGGAUAUGCCAAGUGACCAGAUAGCUGCCAAUCUGCAAGCCGUUAUCAAUGAAGUUUGUAGGCAAAGACCACUGAAUUUGGGACCUUUUGUGGUACGUGCUUUCCUUCGAAGUUCAACAAGUGAAGGUUUGUUACUAAAAAUCGAGCCAUUGUUGCCUAAAGAAGCGGAAACCAAAGAAGGUGACGAAAAAGCUGCGUAAACGUGUUGCAUUGUGAAAUUGUUCUCACUGGAUCGAGAAGCAACAGUGAAAAUUAUAAAACUGUCUGUUUUCUAAGUUUGGUGUCUUAUUAUUGAUCAUCAUAUGUGAAAGUAAAUUUUAACCCUGGAAAAUCUUAGAACACUUUCAAAAAUAAGGAAAUAAAAUUUGCUGUGUGUCU